AAAAUAAAAACUGUCAGAGAGAGAGAGAGAGAGAGAGAGACAUUUGUUUUUUUGAAAACACCAAAACCACCUCUUUUCUUCUCUCACAACACUAUUCUUUGAAUCCCUCCACUCUCUCUCUCUCUCUCUCAAACACACAAAGCCAAAAAAAAAAUAAGAAAAAAGUGAAAAACCAAAAAAGAAAAUCAAUCAAUCAGAUCAAACACACAGUUCACUCACUUCACGCUCUCCGAUCAAAAUUUUUAUUUUUAUUUUUUUUAAUUUAUUUAUAUUUAAUUAGUGAAAGCGAAAAAGUUUUGGUUUAGAGAGGAAAAAAAAAAAAAAUUUUGCGAAAAUCGAAAAGCUAAAGUAAAAUGCUCGAGCUCCGAUUCGAAUUCGCUCCGAAACACUCGCUGGAAGGUACUUGCUUGGAUGGUAUGGGAGGCAGAACAGAAAAGUAUCACGAGGGUAGCACAUACUAGCGUCCGUAAUAUACACCAAGCGCAUUUAUGGCGUCUGCCAGCCUAGGGAAUGGUGGAGUGGGCAGUUCCAGGUCUGUUAAUGGCUUUAAAGGUUCAUCUAGUUCGGUUGACUGGCUGGGGAGAGAGAUGCUUGAGAUGAGACUGAGGGACAAGGUGGACCAUGAUGAGGACAGAGAUAGUGAACCAGAUGUAAUUGAUGGUGUUGGUGCUGAAACGGGACAUGUAAUACGAACCACUAUUGGUGGUCGAAAUGGUCAAGUUAAGCAGACAGUAAGUUAUAUUGCAGAACAUGUUGUUGGAACUGGUUCUUUUGGUGUUGUUUAUCAAGCAAAAUGUAGAGAAACUGGAGAGAUUGUUGCUAUAAAGAAGGUUCUACAAGACAAGCGCUACAAGAAUAGGGAGUUACAGAUAAUGCAGAUGUUGGAUCAUCCAAAUAUUGUUGCCCUUAAGCAUUGUUUCUUUUCAACUACAGACAAAGAAGAGCUUUAUCUGAAUCUUGUACUAGAAUUUGUCCCUGAAACUGUUAACCGUAUUGCAAGAACCUAUAGCAGGACCAACCAGCGAAUGCCCUUAAUAUAUGUUAAACUUUAUACCUAUCAGAUCUGCAGAGCGCUUGCCUACAUACAUAAUUGUAUUAAUAUUUGUCAUCGUGACAUCAAGCCACAAAACCUACUAGUCAAUCCCCAUACACAUCAGCUGAAACUUUGUGAUUUUGGGAGUGCAAAAAAGUUGGUGAAAGGAGAACCCAAUGUUUCUUACAUCUGUUCAAGAUAUUAUCGUGCUCCAGAGCUCAUAUUUGGUGCCACUGAGUACACAACUGCGAUAGAUAUAUGGUCUACAGGUUGUGUGAUGGCUGAGUUACUUCUUGGACAGCCUUUGUUUCCUGGUGAAAGUGGGGUUGACCAACUAGUUGAGAUCAUUAAGGUUUUGGGAACUCCAACCAGGGAGGAGAUAAAGUGCAUGAAUCCAAAUUAUACUGAAUUUAAGUUCCCACAGAUAAAGCCUCAUCCAUGGCACAAGGUCUUCCAAAAACGUUUACCCCCAGAAGCAGUGGACCUCGUUUGUAGGUUUUUUCAGUACUCUCCCAAUUUGCGAUGCACUGCUUUGGAAGCUUGCGUUCAUCCUUUCUUUGAUGAGCUGAGGGACCCAAACACUCGCCUUCCUAAUGGCCGCCCUCUUCCUCCUCUCUUUAAUUUUAAAGCCCCAGAGCUCUCAGGCAUACCACCUGAUAUCAUCCAUAAACUUAUUCCAGAACAUGCUCGGAAGCAGAACUUGUUUAUGGCUUUGCACUCUUAGCAACCGUACCAAAUCUUUCUUACUUCUGGUUGCCAUUCCACCCAGGUUUGGUCUUGAUCAGCAUCUGUCCAAAAUCCCUCACCCUUAUUAUUAGUCAUCUUGCCUCCUGUGAGAGAGUACUACAAACGGAGUUCCUAGGACAGUAGAGGAAACCUGAGGCUUUGAAUUUGCUUGCUGAUGGUGCUUUUAAAUUUAAUUCAAAGACACUAUGACUUAUAUCAUGUGUAUUUAUUGUGACCCCAAUUGCAGGGGAUUUUAGUAGGAUGAAAAGUAUGAGCAUGUAUGUAUGUAUGUAUGUAUGUAUGUAUACCUGUGCUAAAAAUGUUUUUCUUUUA